ACCUCCCCCCUCCUGCCCUCCAACCUGUCGUCCCCAGACUGCCCCCCCACGGAGAGCUCUGUGGAGGACCUGCUGUUCGGAGGCUAUUACAUCCUGGUGUUCCUCCUGGCCCUGAGCGGGAACAGCCUGGCUCUCUGGGUCUUCUCCCGGCAGAGGGCUACUUCCUCUCCGGCCAACGUGUUCCUGCUGCACCUGGCAGUAGCUGACCUGUCCUAUGUCAUCGUGCUUCCUCUGAGGGCCACGUACCACCUGGCCGGGGGACACUGGCCCUUCGGAGAGGUUCCCUGUCGCCUGGCUGGCUUCCUGUUCUACGUCAACAUGUACGCCAGCCUGUUCUUCCUGGCGUGCGUGGCGGGAGACCGCUACCUCGCCGUGGUGCACGCCGUGCGCUCUCUCAAGAUGCGCCGCGCCCGCACCGCCCACAUCAUCAGCUUCUCCCUCUGGGCGCUGGUGACCGUCUCCAUGGCGCCCCUGCUGGUCACCCGGCAGACGGUGGAGGUUGCCGGGGUCACAGUGUGUCUGCAGCUGUACCGGGAGAAGGUGUCGCGCCGCGCCCUGGUGUCCCUGGCCGUGGCGUUCACCCCGCCCUUCCUCGCCACGCUGUCCUGCUACCUGAUGCUGGUCCACAGCCUCCGCCGGGGGUCCCGCCUGGAGCCGGCCCUGCGCUCCCGUGCCCUGCGCACCAUCGGCCUGGUCAUGCUCAUCUAUGUGGUCUGUUUCCUGCCCUACCACGCCAGCAGGGCCACCUUCAUCCUGGGCUACGCACACCCCGACGUCUCCUGCAGCGCCCGGCGAGGUCUGGCGCUGGCUAACCGCCUGACCUCCUCCCUCACCUGCCUGAACGGGGCGCUGGACCCCCUGGUCUACCUGUUUGGGGCAGAGAAGUUCCGCGGCACGCUGACACGGCUGCUGUGUAGAGAGGCAACGGCGGCGUCCGGAGCGACCAGCGGAGACCUGAAGGGAACGCAUGAGAGCUCUCUCAGCGCCAAGUCAGAGUUCUGAGGUUCUGAGGUUCUUAUGCUGUGUUCACACCGAACUCGAAGCACAUUUUUCGCACGGCGAGAUUACAUGUCAAGUCAAUGCAAACGCAUUGACACAUUUUCAACUCAAGAGAAAUAUUCGCGUGACGCUGUAUUUGCGAAGGUUUAUCAAUGUUGAGAUGUCACUGACGUCUUAGAAGAAAUGGAGGGCAAGAGUAUUGCAGCUGUCUGUGGGCGUCCUCUGCUAUACUACACUACUUAGUGUUUGUUUAUAGUACCGGUAAUCAUUUCAGACAUGGUUGACGACUUCAAAAAAACGGUUGGCUCCUAGCGAUUUGCGCAAAUAAACACAAAUUAACGCAAAGCGAAAAUUCGAUUCAUUUGCGCUAAAUAUUUGCUUUGCGUUUAGUGUUAACACAGCAUUAGGUUCUGAUGGUCUGAGAUUCUGAUCUUCUGAGGUUUUGAGCAGAAUUACAGAGAGGUUUUUAUUAUAUUGCUGUCUCUAUCUCUAAUGCUGUAUUUCUUAUAUUGUGAAAACCAGACAUGUUGCUGGUGUAACGAUAAUGGUGCACAAUGUGGUCAUGUUUUCUAUACAAAUUUAAUUUCCAAACCAACAAAUAGUAGCUCUUAAUAUCCUCUAGGAAUAUUUACAGGAUUUUAUAAUGAAAAUAAUCAUUUUCAGAAAUGUCAUGUAUAUGUUUAUCUUUCAUAUGAAUUAUCAAAGUAACUAACAUAUUUACAUUUACAUUUACAUUUAUUCAUUUAGCAGACGCUUUUAUCCAAAGCGACUUUCAAGAGAGAUUUUUGAUAUUUGCCACAGAUAUUUGCCACAGAUUCCAAAUAAUAAUGUGGAGACCAUAUCUUACUAGAACAAGCUGAUGUUCAGGAGUCCAGUGUUUCAGUGUUGUACUGUACAUUUGUCAGUCUGUCUCACUUUCAGAAUGAGUUUGUAUUUACAUUUACAUUUAAGCGUAUUUGGUGUGUAUUUGGUGUGUUCCUCAUCCUGCCUGGGGGUUAUUCCACCACUGCUACAGCCCUGAACCAG